AUGGCGGAUACGGACAUUCUAAACACAAUUCUCGGUGAACUCAGAUCCCCCGAGGAAUCGACACGAGAACAUGGUCUUCAACGCUUUCAAGACUAUGUGCGAAGCAGCCUUGCAAGCGGCAAAUCAGACGACGGAGAGUCGUUUUGGAACGAUAUUAUUAAUAAGGUUCUGGUCCCGCUCACAGCGAUGAGCGAUACUGCCCAGGAGAAACUGGUAGGCAUUGCGGCUAUCGACAAACUACUUCUAUCUCCUUCCGACGACGCCCAUCCUACCACCGCACCCGCCUCGCAUACUUCAAAUCCAAGCGCAACGUCCAACAAAAACUUUCUUUACCGGCUGCAGAGAUAUCUCAAGAAUCUAUUACCAGACCCAAAUCUGUCGGUUAUGGCCGCCGCGUCUCAGACAUAUGGAGCCAUUCUCCGUGUAGGAGGACAGGUGGUUGCAGACAACGUCAUGGAGUUUGAGAUUCAACACGCCGUCAAUCUCAUGAAAGAGAAGGAGGGCGAAUGGAGUGGUACAGCGAAUCGUGAUCUCACCAUCGCUCGACAGUCGCAGCAAACCGCGACGACGGCAACGCCAGGCAAGCCUACACCGCCCAAGCCCGUGAAGGAAAAGAUUUUAGCGUCUCACGCGAGAAUUGCCGGCGUAUUGAUCCUCGUCCAAAUUGCCACGCAUGCACCUCAUAUCUAUUAUCAGCACGUUUCACUCAUCUUGGGGUACAUCAUGCCAGCCCUCCGCGAUCCCUCUCGCUUCCUCGUCAACACGUCGAAUCCAUCCAAUCCCCUCAUGGCGCUCUUGGGAAGCAGUUCGGGUAUCGCAGCUCAACCGCAGAGUGCCGCGGUAGCCGGCGAUGGCGUUGGGUGGGACAAGGACGGCAAGUCGACAGUUGAGGCGAGAGACGUCGUCCGAAGACUUGCUGCAAAACUCUUUGGUGUCACGCUUGCCGUCAUCGAAGAGCGUGAACCGGGGAUCGAUCAUAGUGUCUCCCCCGAGGCGUCCAUCACCCCUUCGUUUCCAGCUUCGCUCUCCAAGAGCGCCGCAAGGAUCGAACGGACGUCUACCCUCUCCACCAUUUACCAUGCCCCUCAAUCUGGCUCGGCAAACGGCGGCCACAUUGGGUUCUCGACGCACGUCCCGACGAAUAAACCGCUCGUCAAGCUCGUCACAGCCGCGUCUAAUGAUAUUGCGAAUUACAUUUCGAGUGUACUGCAAUAUAGCGAGCCCGUGAGCACGCACAAUGCCAAAACAACCUCAGCAUCCCAAUCAGAUUCGUCGAAAAAGCAUGGGUUCUCUGGUCCAGGAGAUGUCAACCGUGCAUUCGGGGCGUUGCUGAUCUACCGCGAGCUCUUUGAAAGCGGUCUUGCAUCCCUUGCGGGCGUCUUUGCCUCUCUUCCGUCUUCACGGUCUCGAAUUGAGCGCUCGAGGUACCACGACUCGCCCUCCAAGACGCCGCAAUUGCUGACAAAGGGCGGUGCGUACGACCAUAGUUUGCACCCCAGCGCGAGUACGAGUAGCGCAUUCGAUCCUCCGCCUCCCUUUUCGGGACCGAUGAGCAUGACGAGUUCGCGGAGCGUGAAGGCGCACGAUUUUGGAUCACCGCAGGGUGCAGAACCAAUUCUGCCCAUUACGCAGUUUUCCGACAAACCAAUGCUAUAUCCACAGACAUUCCGCGCUAUUUUCCACCUCGCGACAGCGCAGCCCCCUCAGCAGAGUCAUUCUACGUCCCUUCUGGCGGUGAGCACGCAUUCGAUUGCGAAUUUACUCUCCCCGGCGAGUCCGACGAGUUGGGGGUCUACUUCAAUAGCUGCAAGUUCGGUUAAUGCUACGACGGCGUCGUUGAGUGGUGCGUCGGCUGGAUAUGGUGCGGAUUGGGGGACUGGUAUUGGCUGGAGCAGCCCGCUCCCACAGCUUAACAAGACAGAGCUGGAGGAGCAGUUGAGAAAGGAGGCGCUCAGUCUUCUCCCUGUGUGUGCCGCAUACGAUACGGAACGCUUCGUCAGCUCGGGACUCUUUAGUGCGACGAUGAUGGUCAUCCUCACGAGCUGGGGUUACAAGACAGGCGUUUCUGCAAAGGACAACUUUGAGGAUCGGCAGCAGUUUGAGGUGCUGACGAGUAUGAUCAAGGGCAAGGUCGCGAUGGAAAAGGGUGACCGGAGUUAUCUUGUGAGGAUAUUGGGCGAGCUUACGUUUGCCCUACGGAAUUCUAGCGCGAUGAUAAGCUACAUCAAGGAGCUUGGCGUCAUCCUUAAUGGAUGUCUCGAAAGCCGACUUCCACCUCCGGCGCCAUGGAGGUAUAAUAGCUACUACUCUGACACCAAUAUGUCCCUGCGGCAUGGACCUGGACGAGCCAGCACGGUGAAACGUUCUGGGACUCGUGGUGCUCCGGUUCCAGUUUCGGGGAAACGAGCUUCGACAGCAAUGGAGGCACUGGCUGCUACGACAGGCAAGCCCGAAUCAGCUGUUCCAGCCAAGGGAAGCGGAUCAUCUGCCGCAAGCAAGCAGAGCAAGGGACUCGUUAUCCCAAAGGGAUGUGUCAGCGAUGAAGUGCUCUUUGAGGCUAUUGCCCUGAUUAGUAUGGCUCUUGGGGUGCAUGCUACGCGUGUGAUUAGCGGUGCCGGAAGGAGCGAGGACGCAGAAGCGCAAGACGAUCUGGUUGGACCCGACGAUGAUACAGCUUGCCAGAAUGCGCUCGAUAAGAUGUUCCGCUAUGGACUCAACCCCGCGCUCGCGCUGAAUUUACCUCUGAUUGCGCGAAGCGUUCCUGUUCUACUGAGUGCUAUUCAGGUUCAUUUCCUAAACGAGAUUUCGAUGGUCCUCACGGGUCAUGGUUAUCAUGCUCCAGGUGCACCGAUGAACGAUGGCUCGCUCACUCUUGAUACUGGUUCUCCCAAGCAAACGAUCCGAACAGAUAUCAACGUGUCGAUCAUCCGAUUGGCCUUGGGAGUACUUCAGACCUUUGACUGGCGCGGCAAGAUUUUGACGCCUCUGAUUCAAGAUGGUGUCCUCGGCUAUCUUGACUCACGAGACCGUGAAGUGCGCAUGGAGGCGAGCUUAGCCACCUGUAAGCUCUUUAUGAAGGACCCGAUUGCCCACCAUACGAGCACCGCUGCUGUGGAGGUCACGAAUCAGGUCGUCGAGAAACUCAUUCGUGUGGCUCUCUCUGAUCCAGACCCUGAGAUUCGCUCACUCGUUCUGAGCAACUUGGACGAGAGCUACGAUCGUCAUUUGGCUCAAGUUGAGCACGUGCGUGCUAUUUCAAUGGCAGUCAACGAUGAGGAGCCUCAAGCGCGUAUACAUGGUGUUCGAAUCAUUGGUCGACUCGCGCUGCGUAAUCCAGCGACGGUGAUGCCGAGUCUGCGCGUCGAACUCCUCAAGCUGUUGACCGAGUUAGAGUACUCUGCCGACUCUAAAGCUAUGCUCACAGCAGCUGAAGUCUUGACAUCCCUGCUCAAAUGUACCGAUCGUCUUGUCAAGCCUUAUGUCCCCGCAAUCCUUCGAGUCUGCCUACCCAAGGCAAAGUCGUCCCUGUCCUACGUCUCACGGAGGAUGAUCCAAUGCAUCGGUCUACUGGCGGGAAUCGCCGGAGAUGAUCUUAUUAGCUCCUUGGACGAGAUUAUGGAUCUCCUGGUGAAUACGCUUCAAGAUCCUACAGCGUCGGUCAUCAAGAAGGAUAUAGCGCUGGUCAGUCUCGGCCAAGUCUGCGGGAACACGGCAAAUGUCGUCGACCCAUACGUCCGUUAUCCGCAGUUGAUGGGCAUCUUCCGUCGAUUCUUGCGAGGGGAUUCAAGUGACAAGACGAAAAGAAAGGUGCUUCAAGUCAUGGGCAUCUUAGGUGCCGUUGAUCCAUAUCUUCGAAGAUCGAUUCCAGAAUACGACAAUCAGGAAAAGACCCCAGGGGCCAAAGCACUCCAGCAGUCGGUCAAGACGGUUGGAUCCCAGCCCGAAGUGUUUUACCAAUCAGUCGUCAUCCAGUCACUUUUGACUAUCUUAUCGGACGCCUCUCUUGGCGCCAAUCACCCCGAGGUGAUUGAUGUGCUUCUGGCCAUCUUCAAGACGCAAGGAAUGAAAUGCGUGCCGUUCCUGCCUCAAAUAAUCCCCGCAUUUGUUACUAUGUGCCGCUCGCCAAGUUCUCGACAUCAGGACUUUUAUCUCCAACAAAUGUCGUUGAUCGUUCAGAUCAUCGGAGGGCAUAUUCGCAACUUUAUGGAGGACGUUUUCCAGCUCAUUGCAGACCUAUGGCCCAAUCCAGUACUUCACUUGCCAAUCGUUGGCCUUGUGGAGAGCUUGGCGACAGCAAUGGCUGCCGAGUUCAAAAAGUACCUCCCAGUGGUCGUCCCUCAGCUUCUGACAGUAUUUACCGAACCGCCGAGCGCGGAGCGGAAUCAAACAGAAGUGCGCGUCUUCCACACUCUGCUAUCGUUUGGGAGUGCGAUCGAGGAUUACACACAUCUCAUCCUGCCUGUCAUCCUCAACACGAUAGAGUCCAAGACUGCUUCGCCAGCAUCGCGAAAGGCCGCAGUACAUACAAUUUCUGGGCUGACGCGACGGGUCAGUCUGGCUGACAGCGGCUCUCGUAUCGUUCAACCCCUGUUGAGGACCUUGCCGAGUGCGGAAAUUCAGUUACAGUCAGCAAUUGUGGAUGCGCUAUGUGCCCUGCUCCUGCAGAUGGGCUCCGACUUUGCCCUCUUUAUCCCUAGGAUCGCAGAUUGUCUUCAAACUUUCAAGAUCCCUGCACCCAAGUUUGACAAGCUCGCCGGUUGCCUUAUGAAGGGUGAGCCACUUCCUCAGGAAAUUGGAGCAGACGAGCGCUGGAGUCGCACGGGGUCUACGGACCCUGUUGCUUCUGCCGAUCUCACGCGACCCACUGUCAACCAGAUCUUCCUCAAGCACUCGUGGUCCACUGACACCGUAGUGCGACAAGAGGAUUGGCAACGGUGGUUCAAGACACUUUCCCUUGGGCUCAUGAGGGAGUCGACAUCUCAAGCGCUCCGAGCCUGCGUUUCCCUUGCCGACACACAUGAGCCACUGGCCAAGGAACUCUUCAACGCCGCUUUCUACUCAUGCUGGGAGGAUUUUGCUCGAGCACUGACUCAAGCUUUGACCGAGUGCCGGAACACCGACAUUCGGCUGCGCUUGCUUAGUGUCGCAGAAUUCAUGGAGCAUGAAGACAAGAUGUUGCCUAUCGACACACGUCUCCUUGGUGACAUAGCGGCCCAGACAAAUGCGCUAGCCAAGGCACUCCACUACAAGGAACAAGAAUUCCUUAGUGGUGUCUCCAACGAAGUGGUCGAGCAAUUGAUCGGCAUCAACGCGCAACUCAAGCAAAAAGACGCUGCACUCGGCCUCUUGUUCAACGAGCAACUGAACAGAAAUGUUGACAGACUCCUCUGGUACGAGCAACUUGGGCGAUGGGAACAAGCGUCCAUUCUCUACAAAGAGCGAAGGCAACUUCGCGAGGACGACCAAGAUGCGCUUAUGGGACAAAUGCGUUGUUUGCAUGCGCUCAGCGAGUGGGAGGCACUCAACGCGAACGUUGAGACGAAAUGGCCAACGGCGAGUCUCGACUACCGGGAGGAACUUGCACCAAUGGCCGCAUCUUCGGCAUGGGUACUGCGCAAAUGGGACCAGAUGGAAGACUAUGUUGCUUCUAUGAGCGCAGAGAGCACGGACCGUUCUUUCUUCAAGGCUAUUCUUUCCGUACAUAACAACCAAUUCGAUACCGCGUACAACUGCAUAUCGCGCGCACGAGACGCUCUGCAGACAGACCUCGGUAUUGUCGAAGAUUACAACCGAGUUUACGGGACAAUGGUCCGCAUUCAACUGUUAUCAGAGCUCGAGGAAAUCAUCACCUACAAGAAAUGUGCAGAUCAACCGGACAAGCGGCAGGCGAUUCGGAAAACCUGGGUGAAAAGGCUAAGAGGAUGCCAGCGCGACGUUGACACUUGGCAGAGAGUGCUUCAGUUGCGCAGUCUAGUCCUCAGCCCAAGCGAGGAUGCACCGUCAUAUAUCAAGUUUGCCAACCUGUGCCGAAAGGAAGGGCGAUGGACUCUUGCUGAAUCAGUCAUCCAGCAUCUCCUCGCGGACCAAGCUAAGAGGGACUCCUCUCAGCGAGCAUCACCAGCUGUCGUCUUUGCGCAUCUUCGACUAAUAUGGGACACCGGCGAGAAGCUCGAGAGUCUCGGGUAUCUUGUCAACGUCUGUGCAAGUCUGGCCCACGACAUUGGACUCGAUGAUCCGAGAAAGAUCAUUACUGGUACAGUGGAAGAGAUUGACGAUGUGAAGCGUCUCUUAUCACGGGCUUAUCUCAAGCAAGGCGAAUGGCGUCAAGAGCUGCAACAGGAGUGGACACCAGAACUCAUCUCCGAAGUUAUGCAGUGCUAUCACUUUGCAACACAACUGGAUCCCAAGUGGUAUAAAGCCUGGCAUACAUGGGCACUCUGCAACUUUGAGGUCAUUAACCAUCUCGAGAACGUCGACGACGACCGCGACGAAGAGAUUCAGCGAAAGUCUCUCCUAACUCAUAUUAUCGAGGCUUUAGUUGGCUUCUUCCGUUCAAUCGCACUUGGUGGAGAGAAUCCGAUUCAAGACUCCCUCCGUCUCCUCACUCUCUGGUUCAAGUUUGGAGCAGAUGAAGAAGUCAGCGCGGUAGUAGCUGAAAACUUUGGGUCUGUGUCCAUUGAUACAUGGCUCGAAGUCAUUCCACAGUUGAUUGCUCGUAUCCAAACUCCAAGCAGUGUCAUUCGACAGCACAUCAACUCGCUCCUCACACAGAUUGGACGGGUGCAUCCUCAAGCGCUCAUUUAUCCCCUCACCGUCGCUUCAAAGUCCAACAGUUCAAUUCGUGUCAAGGCUGCAAACGAAAUCAUUGACCGUCUGCGCGAGCACAGUCCCCUUCUCGUUGAGCAGGCACUGAUGGUCAGUCACGAGCUAAUCCGUGUAGCCAUCCUCUGGCACGAGUUAUGGCAUGAAUACCUCGAAGAGGCGUCCCGUCUCUACUUUACCGAAAAGCGUCCAGAGGCAAUGAUUGAGCACUUGGAGGCCUUGCAUCGACGCCUGGAUCUCGGCCCGGAGACGACAAGGGAAGCCUCGUUUGUCCAAGUCCACGGAAAGGACUUGCGCGAGGCAAGAGAAGCUUGUCAUCGAUAUCUUCGCUUGCACGAGACUACCGACAUGGAUCGCGCUUGGGACAUUUACUAUGCUGUCUUCCGUCGUAUCGAGAAACAGCUUCCUCUUCUGACGACUAUCGACCUUCAGUAUGUCUCGCCCAGACUACUAAGUGCCGAGAAUCUCGAACUUGUGGUACCUGGCACAUACAAGAGCGGAAAGCCAAUGAUUCGUAUCACACGAUUCGUCCCCAAGCUCAGUGUCAUCGCGUCCAAGCAACGCCCGCGAAGACUGGCAAUUAUGGGCAGCGACGGAAAGGAGUACCAGUUCUUGCUCAAAGGCCACGAAGACCUCCGGCAGGACGAGCGCGUCAUGCAAGUCUUUAGCCUCGUCAACACACUGCUGUCCGCGGACCGACAAAGCUUCAUGCGUAAUCUGCAUAUCCAAGGAUAUGCCGCCAUCCCACUUGCUCCAAAUGUCGGUUUGCUCCAAUGGGUCCGCCACGCCGAUACUCUCCACGUCCUCGUCUCCGACUAUCGUGCCGCACGGAAGAUUCAUCUGCAGAUCGAAUAUCGACUCAUGCUGCAGAUGGCUCCAGAUUACGUCAACUUGACGAUGCUCCAGAAGCUCGAGGUGUUCAAGUAUGCCCUUGAUAACACCACUGGACAAGAUCUGUACCGCGUUCUAUGGCUGACCUCUGGAGAUUCAGAAGCGUGGCUGGAGAGACGAUCGACAUACACUCGAUCCCUCGCCGUCAGCAGCAUGGUCGGACACAUCCUCGGCUUGGGAGAUCGCCACCCCGCAAAUCUCCUCCUCGACCAGUACACAGGCAAGGUUAUCCAUAUCGACUUUGGUGACUGCUUUGAGAUUGCUAUGCACCGCGAAAAGUUCCCAGAACGCGUACCUUUCCGACUCACGCGUAUGCUCGUCAGUGCGAUGGAAGUCAGCGGUAUCGACGGGAGCUUCAAGGUUACGAGUGAGAUUACGAUGAAUGUUCUCCGGCACAACCGAGAGCCGUUGUUGGCGGUGCUCGAGGCCUUUAUCUAUGAUCCCCUCGUGAGCUGGAGAUUGACGACAGAGACGGAAACGAGAGGGCGCACGCAGGCGGCUACUCCGGCACCCAACACGGCCCACGCAGGAGCGACUGGAGGCCAGGCCGGGGCACCUCAACUCGAGGCUGCAUAUACGCGUCAUACGGGCGGGCCGCGUCGACGUGUUCAGCUCAAUGAAGGAUUGGCGUUCAACGAAGACAUGACAGAGUGGCGUAAUGCGCGUGCACUCGAGGUAUAUCAACGUGUGCAGAAGAAGCUCACUGGCCGUGAUUUCAAUCCCGACGAGGAGCUGACGGUGGAGAAGCAAGUCGAAAAAUUGAUUCGGCAGGCGACGGCAUUGGAGAAUCUGUGCCAGGCUUUCCCAGGCUGGUGUCCAUUUUGGUGA